UGUGCAUUCUCUAUUCCGUCAUCCCACAGCUCAACCAGUUCCACUUAAAAAUCAUUUCCAAUGUCUCUCUCCCACUUAGCCACCACCACAAUUUCCAAUCCCACCAUCUCUGGGAGCCCUCUAAGAAAGUCGACAAGAAACACUUGUGGAUCUGUUCGUCUUUCAAACCGCACACCAUACACCUCUUGUGAACUUAACAAACAAAAUCAAGAGCCUACUACUCAUAAUGGUGGCAUUGAUAGGAGAAAUGUGCUCUUAGGGUUGGGAGGUGUAUAUGGAGCUACUGCUACUAUUGCUAACAAUGCAAUUGGAGCUCCGAUGGUACCUCCUAACUUGGCAACUUGUCAUCCCGCAACCGAUGAUGAAACCAAGCUACCAGUUGCCUGUUGUCCACCUUAUUCCUCAGCCAACAUCGUUGACUUCAAACCACCAUCAUCUUCAGAACCGUUACGAGUCCGCAAAGCUGCUCACAAGUAUAACUCUGAUGACAUCGCCAAAUUUGAAGCAGCCAUUGCUGCGAUGAAAGCAUUACCAAAAGAUGAUCCAUGGAGUUUCGGUCAGCAAGCGACCAUUCACUGCACUUUCUGUAAUGGAGCCUUUGAUCAGGUGAAUUCAAAAAAUCUACUUCAAAUUCAUGGAAGUUGGUUUUUCCUUCCAUGGCAUCGUUACUACCUCUACUUCUGGGAGAAAAUUCUUGGAAAACUCAUUGGUGACGAUACUUUUGCUAUCCCUUUCUGGAACUGGGAUAGUCCUAAAGGGAUGUACUUGCCGAAGAUGUACCAGCCCAGUAGCUCACCUCUUUCUGAUGAUACUCGGAACAAAGAUCAUUAUUCGUCGGUGAUCGAUUACAAGUAUAGUAUGAAUGAUCCUAAUCCAUCAACUCCUGCACAGAUUGAUGAAGUUGUUACUCGAAAUCUUGCUGAGCUUGAUAGUAUAUUCAAAGAAACUUUGCAACUACCAGCACUUUUCAUGGGGAAAGCACAAAGGGGUGGAGAGGCUGCUGCUAAUGCACAAGGGAGGAAUGAGGGCUUGCACAACGUUUUUCAUCAAUGGGUUGGACCUCUUGAAAAACCUUACCAUAAUAUGGGAAAUUUUGCCACUGCCGGUAAGGAUCCUGUGUUCUACGGUCACCAUGGAAAUGUGGAUCGGAUGUGGGAUAUCUAUAGCAAACUCCGUGGACAGAAAGUUGAAUUUAGAGAUCCUGAUUGGCUCGAAUCAUCUUUCAUCUUCUAUGAUGAGAAUCGCCAAGUUGUCAAUGUUAAGGUGAAGGAUUGUCUAACCCCAGAGAGCCUGCGAUAUAGCUACGCUCCAGAACCCCUUGCAUGGACAACAAUUCGUCGAAAAUACAAGAAACUCCAGAAUGCAGCACAGACAAGGAGCGCAGGUGACUCACUGAAACUAAAACCAGUUUCCGAGUUUGGAUCCGCACCAAGAAACUUAACAGAGCCAAUCCAAGUACUAGUGCAAAGGCCAAAGACAUCAAGGACCAAAGAUGAGAAAGCAGAUUCAGUUGAAGUUUUAUUCAUUGAUGGGAUACAAGUUACACAUGGAUCAACAGCAAGGUUUGAUGUUUACGUGUCGCAACCAAUUGCGGGACUGGCUGGUCCUCAUAACGGAGAAUUAGCCGGUAGUUUUGUGAAAGUUCCUCAUGCUCAUGGAGGAUCAGGUGCCCAUAAAAAUGUUUCGAGUUUGGAAUUGGGUAUUAGUACUUUACUUGAAGAAAUUGAUGCUGAAAGUUCACAGAAACUGGUUGUGACUUUGCUUCCUCGUAAUGGUGAUGUUGUUGUUGGUGGAGUUCAGAUCCGUUUAGUCGAUGUUGACGAUGACGAUCUUUAGUUACCGGGUGAGUAAACUGCAACAUGCCUAGAGCGCCGUUAUUUGCAAUUAUCUUCUUCAUAUAAUAAAUGAUGAUUGUUUUCAUUGAGUCCGUCGUUUCUCUAUCAGUGGACAUGUAAUGGUCAUGCAGUAUUUUCUUGUUUCCCGAUAUGAAUUUCGGGUAUUUUCUAUAGAGUAAUUAUUUAGGAGUCUGAGAAUAAGUUAAGGUGUAAUUCCAGGAUCAACUAACACUUCCGGUUGUUAACCGGAAUAGUGUUAUGUUGACGCUAACAUUCAUCUUAAUCUUAGUUGUUCCAUCUCUUAUUGUGUCUCAAUCAUAUUUAAUGGAAUUGCUGAUCGGUGUGAUGAUACA